AUGGACGGCGCUUCCCCCAACGGCUCCGCGGCCCCGCCGGGCUCGGGGGGACCCCCCCAAAGCGAGGGGGGCACCCCCGGUCCCGAGGAGACGCUGAUCACCGAGGGCCGCGCCACCAUCGUGUUCCCCAACGCCAACGAGGUGUUUUAUAACCCCGUGCAGGGCUUCAACCGCGACCUCACCUGCGCCGUCCUGACCGAAUUCGCACGGCUCCAGCUGCGCCCCAAAGGAAUUCGGGUCGUCCUUCCCGGCGAGGAGGAGCAGGAGGGGAGCGCCGAGGCCGGGGAGACCCCGAGGACAGCUCGGCCAGGAGAGGCCUGUGAGGUGUGGGGGGAGUUUGGGGGGGUCUGGGGGGGUCUCUAAAACCCCCUGAAUCCCCCCCUGACCCCCUCAUUGUGCCCCCAGGGGGGUCUGCGGGUGCUGGAGGCUCUGGCAGCCUCGGGGCUGCGCUCGGUGCGUUUCGCCCGGGAGGUGCCGGGGCUCGGGGCCAUCGUGGCCAGCGACUGCUCCCCGCGGGCGGCCGCGCUCAUGGCCCGGAACGUGGCCCUCAACGGCGUCGGGGAGCUCGUCACGCCCCGCCUGGCCGACGCCAGGAUGUUGAUGUACCAGAGCAAAGCCGAGCGGGAGCCGUUCGACGUCAUCGACCUGGACCCCUACGGGAGCCCCGCGCCCUUCCUGGACGCGGCCGUGCAGGCCGUGAGCGAGGGGGGGCUGCUGUGCGUGACCUGCACGGACAUGGCGGUGAUGGCCGGCAACAGCGCCGAGACGUGCUACAGCAAAUACGGCGCCGUGUCCCUCAAGGGCAAGUUCUGCCACGAGAUGGCCCUGAGGAUCAUCCUGCACAGCCUCGACCUCCGCGCCAACUGCUACCAGCGCUUCGUGGUGCCGCUGCUCUCGGUCAGCGCCGACUUCUACGUGCGUGUUUUCGUCAGGGUCUUCACGGGCCAGGCCAAGGUUAAGGCCUCGGCCAGCAAACAGGCGCUGGUGUUCCACUGCGUGGGCUGCGGCUCCCACCACCUGCAGCGCCUGGGCAGGGCCACGAGCCACGGCAGCGGGUUCAAGUACAGCACAGCCACGGGGCCGCCCGUGGGUCCCACCUGUGAGUUCUGCCAGCACCGCCACCAGGUCGGGGGCCCGGUGUGGGCUGAGCCCCUGCACGACCCCACGUUUGUGGAGGGGAUCCUGGCGGCGCUGGAGCGAAGCCCCGGGCGCUUCUCGACGGAGCCGCGGAUGCGGGGGAUGCUCAGCGUCAUCGCCGAGGAGCUGAGCGAUGUCCCCCUGUACUACACCCUGGACGGGCUGAGCAGCACCAUCCGCAGCAACACCCCGUCCCUGCUGCAGCUCAGGUCAGCCCUGCUGCACGCCGGGUUCCGGGUCUCCCUGUCCCACGCCUGCCGCAACGCCGUCAAGACGGACGCGCCGCCCGCCGCGCUCUGGGACAUCAUGCGCUGCUGGGCCAAGCUCCACCCGGUGAAGCUGGAGCGGCUCCCGGACUCCAGCCCGGCCGCCCGGAUCCUCUCGGUGGAGCCCACGCUCCAGGCUUCCUUCGCCCUCCAUGAGGACGCCAACCCCAGCUCCCGCAAGCGCGGCCUGAAGCGAUUCCCCGAGAACCCCGAGGCUUUUUGGGGUCCCAAGGCCAGGGCCAAGCCGGGGGGGGGCCUCGCCCCCUCCCUGCAGGAGAAGCGGGAGAGGCUCCAGAACAAGAGGACGCAGCGCCCGGAUGGGGCCGGGCUGAAACAAUUCCCCUGCAAACGCUUCAAGGAGGGCACCUGUCCCCAAGGUGAGCAGUGCUGCUACUCCCACGAGCCCCCCCCGGAUGCCCCCCAUUAAACCACGUCUUACCAAA